CACAUACAUGGACCUACAGACUCCAUAGAACAGACGGCAUCACCUGGGUGCGUGUCAUCCGUAUUUCCAACCACUGCAUUAAGUCAAAACCGUGAGCGAAAAGAGCUUGUGCUAUGGUGACAGCAAAGCAACCUGGACCCACAGCCGAACAUAGCCGCGGUCAGUGAGAGGUUAACACGAGGCUCCUCCUCCCGCAGGUGUCAGCUGGGAGACUACUUCACGUGACUUUGGACUUCCAUCACGUGAGCACAGAGAUGGCCGCUCGGUUUAUGCUGCUGCUCGUAGCCUUGGCUCCCUCUGUGGGGUGGGCGCAGAACUCGGAGGUGUCCGUCGUCCUGGAUGAGACCACCGGGAAGCUCAGCACCGUGCCGGAGAGGAGGGCGGAUGCGGUGGCUUGGGCAGUGCUGAAGGACGCCAUCCAGGACAACGGGUGGGCAAUACUGGAACUGGAGAGCAAUGCAAAGUAUAAUGAUAGCAUCCAGGCCUACGCGGCGGGCAUGGCUGAAGCGGCAGUUACGCAGCGGCUUAUCUACAUGCAUUGGAUGAACACCAUGGUCGGUUAUUGUGGUCCCUAUAAGUACCAGACUCCAUACUGCGAAAGGCUGAAGAACUAUCUGGAGGCCAAUUUAGCCUGGAUGCAGGAACAGAUUGAGACAGAGCAAGAUCAGGAUUACUGGCAGCAGGUUCGACUAGCACUGCUGCAACUGAAAGGUUUGGAGGACAGCUAUAGUGGCCGCAUCGCCUUUCCCCAGAAAAAGUUCACCCUUAAUCCCUUUGGGUUCCUGCUCUUUCAACUUGGUGGUGACUUGGAAGAUCUAGAAGCUGCUCUGAAUAAGUCGGAUGCUACCAGAGAGCUGGGCUCAGGAUCCUGCUCUGCUCUCAUCAAGCUUCUUCCCGGCAAUAAAGAUCUCCUGGUGUCUCAUGUAACCUGGAACACUUACCAGUCCAUGUUACGCAUCGUCAAGAAGUACACACUUCCCUUUCGUUCUAACCCCAGUGGAGACUCUGUGGUACCUGGCUCCGUUCAGACCUUUUCUUCUUACCCAGGAACCAUCUUCUCCGGUGAUGACUUUUAUAUACUCAGCAGCGGGCUAGUUACUUUGGAGACAACCAUUGGAAACAGCAAUCCUGAUCUCUGGAAAUACAUCCAGCCACAAAAUUCUGUCCUAGAGUGGCUUAGGAACAUUGUAGCCAACAGACUGGCCACAGGAGGAAGUGAAUGGGCUAAUAUCUUCACAAAGUUUAAUAGUGGAACGUACAAUAAUCAGUGGAUGGUUGUGGACUACAACAAAUUCAAUGCAGGAAGCCCAGAGACACCAAGAGGCCUUCUCACGGUCCUAGAACAGCUUCCGGGUAUGGUGAUUACAGCGGAUAAAUCUGAUCUCCUUUAUCAAACUGGAUACUGGGCAAGCUACAAUGUCCCGUACUUUGAAGAGAUUUUUAAUGCAAGUGGGCAAGUGGAUCUUAUGAAAAAGUAUGGCGACUGGUUCAGUUAUUCGAAAACUCCACGUGCAGAAAUAUUCCGCAGGAAUCAGACACUUGUGCAGGACCUGCAAUCUAUGGUCAGACUUAUGAGGUACAAUGAUUUUCUCCACGAUCCUCUGUCACGUUGUGAAGGUUGUGAUCCAAAACAAAAUGGAGAGAAUGCAAUCUCUGCCCGCUCUGAUCUUAACCCUGCCAAUGGAACAUAUCCAUUCGGAGCUAUGCGUCAACGGCAACAUGGUGGCACGGAUAUGAAGCUGACAAGCUAUGAAUUUGCCAAGCAUCAUAAAAUGGUGGCUGUUAAUGGCCCCACAUGGCACCAGGUCCCGGCCUUCCAGUGGAGCACCUCUCCCUUCAGCAACCUCAUGCACAUGGGCCAUCCUGACCUCUGGAUGUUUUCUCCCAUUGUCAUCAACUGGGAUUAAGACAUUGUGACCAUAUGUUCUUCAAUCAAUGCACUUUUCAUCAGCACUUAUAAUUUUUGUGUCGGGGCGUGUAAUGUAACUGGUAAGGUACUGAUGUUAUAGGUAAGGUUACCGUUCAAAGCGGUGAAUUCAGUCCAGGGCUCAAAGUUUUGUAUUAUAAGGGAUGCCACUAGUGUGUGUUAAUGCAGGUUAAAGAUGUGCACAUUGUUUGUUUUGAGCUUCCAUUUGCUGGAGUGAUAAUGUAUGAACCCCCCUUUAUUUUUCUAGGCAGGGUUCCCUGAUGGGCAUGAGUAGCAGUGGAGUGCCACUCUGCAUUGUUAAACCUAUCGCUGCCCAAGCA